AUGAAUUCAACCUAUGAUGCUGUUUUUAAAGUCAUAGAAACAGACGUAGAAAUUUUAGCAAAAGCAAUUAACCAAGCCAUAAGCGAUUCCGACGAAGUACAGAUCAUAAACGAUUUCUUAACGGAAUUGAAGAGCUUGCUUGACGAUGCCAAUAACGAAGCAGUCAAGAUAAUACACACCGGAACGGACCAGCAAGACUCAAUCAUUGAACGAUUGAAAACUUUGAAAGUUUUGUACCGAACGAUCCAACUACGAUCAAAACGAUACGAGCGUACCCUCAACAACACUGCCACGUCUUCUUUAAACUCAUCACGAGUAGCCAGCAACGUCUCGACGCCUUCAAUAAUACGACAAGCCUUGAAAAAUCUUCCCCUUCGACGCCAAACGGAAAGUUUAACCCGUAGUACCACUACACAAAACGUCACCAUAGACCAGGACACCCCGGACGAUUUGCCACAAUUUUCAGGAUUGCCAGCAAGCUUAAACGCUACUUCAAACCACAGAUCAAAUUCCGCCCAGGACAAUUCAGGACUCCUACUUCGCCCCGGAUCUAACAGCGACGCCAAUACCUUGGAUCAUCGCAUUCAUCAACAAAAAACAGAAACUCUUGGAACUCAAACUGCCCAUGGAACUCACCUCCAUCUUCAGUCAAACCUCUCAUUGCAGCAGUCGAACGCCGACUUGUCACAAAGUUCAAACCUUCAGCCGAACCACCCAGAAGCUCAACUUCAAGGAACGACUAUAGAAUUGAACAAUGGAACUCAACUCCAAAUCGACAAUCAGCAAUUGACAGCAACAGUGGGACAAAGACCGAACUCAGAAGCUCAACUUCAUGAAACGUCACCACACUCCAACCCUGGAACUCAAAUCCAAGUUUUCAAUCAGCAGAUGAACGCACCAGCAACCCAACAAAGAAAUGUUUCAGCGCCAAUAUUUCUUCCGACAGCAACUUCAAAAGCAGCUCAGAGUCAAAUGAUUGGACAGCAAAUCACACACCCAUUUCUUGCUCCCCAGACAGCUAGCCCCCCACAUGGACUAUACCAGCCUUCAAGCCAACAACAGAACCAGCCUUCAAGCCUACAACAGAAUCAGCCUCCAAGUCAGCAACAGAGGACACAUAAUCCGAAUAGCGCCUUUAGACCCAUCUUGACGAUUGGAAAUCAGAAUUCAACCAAUCAUCCCCCCACCAACGUGUUCUGUGGACACCAGACGACAGCUAAGGGUAUCACAAACAUCAACGGAGUACCGAUACCAGCACAACCAGCACUACUGCCAACAAACCAAGGAGAUCAACGAACAGCAACAAAUUGGACCUCCAGCCAGCCGACCCUGACUCACCAAUGUACACAACCUGCCAUAAGAUCGUACCAGGAAGGAUUUCUGGGAACCACGACAGCAUACAACCCUACGAACAUGCCGACAUCAUCAACAAAAGCCUUCACUCAUGCAGGCUGCAGGGGACCAACAGGAUCAACUCACCAAAAUAUCAACCGACCUCCCCCUCAUCAACAUGCAGUCCAUCAACAUGCAGCACAUCAACAUGCAGCACAUCAAAACCAGCCGUCUUAUUUUCCUCCGAUUCCUGCCAACCUUGGAACAGCACCGACAGACCACACCCAUCAUCAAACGAUCUCGAAGACAUUCAGGAAAUCAGUGCCCAUUGUCAAACCAUUCAUAUUCGACGGAGAACCUGAACAAUGGUUAGAUUGGAUAGGACUGUUCAACGCAACCAUCAACAGCACCGACAUGACAAACUCGGAAAAGAUGACACAUCUGCAGAAACUUGUAUCCGGAGAUGCAAAAUCUCUUAUCCGAGGAUAUGGAUGCAAUGGAGCAAUGUAUGACGCAGCCCUUCAGCGACUGGAAAACGACUUUGGUAACCCGACGAAGAUAGUUACAUCCUUCCUUCGACGACUCGACGCCAUCAGCGGCCCCAAUCUACGACAUACCAGAAGCUACAAGGACCUCGCCAACUUCCUACAGACAAUGGUCGAUACAUUCACGACACUUGGAUUCCAGCACGAUCUACACUCUACGACAAAUGUCCAAACAGUUUUGUCAAAACUGCCUACCCCUUGCCGACUAGAAUGGAAUAGAUACAAUCUGCAAUGCAACAUCAGACAACCAUCACUCAUCGACCUCACCAAUUGGUUCAACAUCUACGCCGAAGCAUGCAGCGAUUUGCCGAGCCACAGCAACAACAACAACACCAGAAACAGCAGCAGCAACAACAACUACAACAGCAGCAACACUCAAGGAUCAUCAUCCAACGGUCACACCCACCAACAUGGACCAUCGGAUCACCGCGCCAAUCAGAACCACCGGAACCAGCAACGCAGCCAGCAGCAACAUAAAUCUGGACAAAAGGAUCAACGACGAGAUUUUUGCCCGGAGAAACGCAAUUGCCAGUACCUUGGAAAAUGCCAUCACUUCAUCGCAAUGAACCCAAAGGACAGAUUACAGCAUGCCAGGGACCUACAACUAUGUUUCAACUGCCUCAGCCCCCACAAGUUCGCCGACUGUCAAUCAACGCAAACCUGCCGGACGCACGGAUGCAGUAAGAAACACCACACACUUCUGCACAACAGCAGCACCUACAACUCGACGACACAAAGGGAGACAGCCAACCGGAACUCCAGACAACAUGACGACACCACCAACUGCAGCACCAGCAUAAACAGAAGGAAAUCGACUCGCCACAUUCCGACCCUGCCAAUAACGAUCUCUCAUGGCAAACAUACAGUUCAUGCCUAUGCAAUGCUUGAUUGUGGAAGCAAACUGACAUUGCUUAAAUCAUCAAUCGCCCUCCAACUCAAACCAGAUCUGCAGUUAGACGACACCAUCCAGCUAAACCAAGCACUGACAUCAUCAGACACAGCUUCUACAAAGAUGACGAUUGCGAUUGGACCCUACAACCAGCAAAAGCAGCCAUUUCAACUAAAUGACAUCGACGUCAUAAUGGAUUGGAACCUUUCCCAAUUCAACCCUGAACUCGUCAACUCCAUCUGCCAAAGAAACGAGCCUCUUCAACACAUUCGGAUAGCCACACUGCCCUCGAAAGAAAUCGGAAUCAUCAUUGGAUGCGAUUUCGCCGAACUCGUGACACCUUCAGAAGUAAUCCAUUCAAAACAAAAUGUGCCUAUUGGAUGGAAAACGCCACUUGGAUGGUCUCUCUGUGGACGAGACAAUGCAGCGACACCCAACGACAUCAACACAAUCAACUUCACGACAGACGAUAAACUCUUUCGCCACGUAGCUGAAUGGAUGAAAUUGGACGCCGAAGGGAUUUCAACUGACCAACGCAGCCUCUCAACAGACGACAAGGAAGCUCUCCGCAUCUUGGAAUCUUCAACAACUCGCUUGCCCAAUGGACACUACGAAAUUGUAAUGCUUUGGAAACGUGGACAACAACUGCCAAACAAUAGAUGGCUUGCCAAGAAGCAGCUCGACAGCCUUCUCCGACGACUGAAGAGAAACACCGAGAUGGCACAGAAAUAUCAGGAGACCAUCGACACCGACUUGCAGAAAGGUUUCAUAGUCAAAGUUGAUGAUUCCCAUGAAGACUCAACAGGAAAAUGGUACCUUCCUCAUCAUCCAGUGACAAACAUCAAUAAACCUGGCAAGGUACGCCGAGUCCUUAAUGCAUCGAGCAUCUACAAAGGAGUAUCACUCAACAGCAACCUACUAACUGGACCAGACCUCCUCACAAACCUUACUGGAAUCGUUAUGCGAUUUCGCGAAGACCAAAUCGCUAUUUCUGCCGACAUUGAAUCAAUGUUCAUGCAGGUCUUCGUGAGCCCAGAGGACCAGCCGUAUUUGCGAUUUCUGUGGAAGGACAACACGGGCCAACCCACAACCUUCCAAUACACCCGCCACAUCUUCGGAGCUACCGACUCACCAUGUGUUGCCUGCUACGCCACUCGACAAUGUGCGAAGGACAAUGCCGACAAAUAUCCAGCCUUGGAGCAAAUCACAAAACGCAACAUAUACAUGGACGACCUAUACAAAGCCGUUUCAACGCCGACGGAAGCGACACAGUUAAUGAACGACCUUCAAAAGAUGUUCAGCCUUGGAGGUUUCAACCUCACAAAAUGGACCUCAAACUCUCAACAAUUCCUCACAACAGUUAACGAGAACCACUUGGAAAACAACGACAGCCUCACCAAGAAGGAACGACCCCUCGAAAGAGUUCUUGGAGUGAAAUGGAAACCAGACACGGACGUCUUUCUUGUGGAAGCAAAGAAGUUUCACGCCAUUGACAAGAAGGACUUAACGCAGCGCAAACUAUUGAAGUUUGCUUCUUCAAUCUUUGACCCGCUUGGAAUUACGAUGCCACUGACAAUUCGACUACGACAAUCACUUCAACUUGCCUGGAGUAAUGGACCUCAAUGGGACAAACCUCUAAACAUGGAUCAUUUAACAGACCUCAACGAUUGGAUAGACAAGCGAAGCCAAUUCAACGACAUCUGCCUGCCCCGGACUUACUUCAAACCAGAAACGAAGAUACUGGAAACCCAACUCCAUGUAUUCAGCGACGCUUCCGAACUUGCCUUAGCAUCAGUUGCUUACCUCAGAAUCAGAUACGACGACGACACAACGGAACUCAAGUUCGUCAUUGGAAAAGCCCGAGUAGCACCCAUCAGCAGAAUGACAAUUCCAAAUCUCGAGCUUCAAGCCGCCACUAACGGAGCUAAACUGUCUCGUUUCAUCAAAGAACAACAUGACAUAAGAAUCGACAGUACGACACUAUGGACAGAUAGUACAACAGUUCUUCAUUGGAUAAACUCGCCGAAUCAACGACACCGGAUCUUCAUUGCCAACCGCCUGAAUUUCAUCAUGGACUCAACAUCUCCUCUGGACUGGAGAUACGUGCCCAGCAAAGACAACCCUGCAGACGACGGAACACGUGGUUACAAAGCAUGUGACAUGACUACCGAUUCACGAUGGAUCAAAGGACCAGACUUCUUGUUAAGACCAUCAUCCGAUUGGCCUAAUCACCCGCCAACACAACCUACAGCCGAUAUUCAUCUGACAGACAACGACCCACAACCGCCAACAUCAGUAAUCGACUUCAACCGAUUUAGCACUUGGACAAGAGCACUCAGAGUUACUUCAUAUGUUCUUCUCUUCGCAGAAAACAUCAAAAGGAAGACACGCCAGAGCCUCUCACUUCAACACCUCACCUUAGGAUUCGCAUGGAUCAUUAAACACUCACAGAAUCAAUCAUUCCCCAAGGAAAUAGCAUGCCUGACAAAGAAAUCUGACAUUCCACCCCGCAGCCCUCUACAACCUCUUUGCCCCUUCAUCGACGAUCACGGAUACUUACGUGCCAAAGGACGACUACAGAAAGCCCCGCUUCUACUUUGCAGCCGACAUCCAGUCAUUCUGAACGCAGAAAACUACCCAAUACAACUCUUCAUGAAGCAAACACACGAAAUAAAUUCCCAUUGUGGAAUGGAACACACCCGAAGCAUUCUUCAACAGGACUUUUGGAUCAUAAGAUCACGCAAGCAUCUGAAGAAAACUAUUCGACAAUGCAUACCUUGCCGACGCCUUCGACAGGAACCAGUGAAGCCUCUGAUGGCAGAUCUACCCCUACAACGACUCCCUUUAUCGGAAAACAGUUACCCCUUCUACUCAACAGGAAUUGACUUCUUUGGACCCUUUGCCACGCGGAACAACGACGAGUACAGUAAGCGAUACGUUCUCUUCUUCACCUGCCUCGUCACGCGAGCAGUUCAUUCAGAAAUAUGCCAGCAAAUUGACACAAACUCAACUCUACAAGCCAUACGCCGUUUCAUCGCUAGACGCGGUAAACCCAGGAUCAUCUUCUCUGACAACGGAAAAGCCUUCGUUGCAGCUGACAAGGAAUUACAGGAAAGCCUUUCUGAGAUUCAACACAGCAACGACUUCAACAAUCAAUGCCAAUUACUUGGAAUAACCUGGAAGUUCAACCCACCUGCAGCUCCUCACUUUGGUGGAUCAUGGGAACGCCUCAUAAAAACAUUUAAGAUUGCCUUCUACAAAGUCAUUGGAACACGGGCACUGGACGACGAAACUCUGUCAACCUUCACGUGCGAGGUUGAAGCUAUGAUGAAUUCUCGCCCGCUAACCCACGUCUCAUCAGACCCAACCGACGACGAGCCCCUUACACCCAAUCACCUUCUACUAGGACGACCAACAAACAAUUUGCCUCCCGGAUUGUUUCUCCCUCGCCACACAACGGACAAGAAAACUUGGAAACAAGCUCAAGCCUUGAGUCAACAGUUCUGGAACAGAUACCUCAAAGACUACUUGCCAACCUUGACGACCCGAACGAAAUGGACAAAGCAAGUGGAAAAUCUUCAGCAAGGAGACCUUGUAUGGAUACUGGAAGACCUAACGCCUCGAGGUCUUUGGCCCCUGGGACGGGUACUUCGUACUUUCCCAGGUGCAGACGGAAUCGUUCGCUCCUGCGAAAUUAAAACUAGCAGGGGGAUUCUACACCGACCAGCAGUCAAACUCUCGCGAGUAUUGGACCACAGUAACAACUAG